AUGUCCUCCAGCGCCUCGGUGAUCGUUGCCGACACAGUGCGAGGGCACCACCACCUGAAGAUCGACGGCUACUCGGUCACCAAGUUCGCCCUCCCUAGGGAGAGUGCCCUCAGGUCUCGACCUUUCUCCGUGGGAGGCCACCGCUGGGUCAUCGAGUACUACCCCAACGGCAACCUGUUCUCGUGGUCGUGGAUGGACCACAUUUCCCUCCACCUCGCCCUCGACGAUGUCGUCGCCGGGAAAGUGACUGCGCAGGUCCAGUUCGGCUUUAAGGCGGGGGAGGAGGAGGAGGAGGAGCACGCGCUCUUCCUCGAAUUGAAGCCCGGCGAGGUGGAGGCCGCCCGCGGCGGUGUCUGGAGAUGUCCGCAGUUCGUCAGUAAGGAGACCCUGGAGGCGUCGACGCAUCUCAAGGACGAUUCCUUCACCAUCAGGUGCGACAUCUCUGUCUUCAACGCGUUCAGCGCCGAGGAGGGGCCGCCGCCGUCCCCCGCGCCAAGAUCCAUCCCCGUGCCCCCGUCCGACCUGUGUCAGCAGCUCGGCGACCUCCUCGCGGCCAAGAAGGGCGCCGACGUGGUCUUCGAGGUCGGCGGCGAGACGUUCUCGGCGCAUCGGUGGCUGCUCGCGGCAUGGUCGCCGGUCUUCAGCGCCGAGCUCUUCGGCUCAAUGAGGGAGAGUGGCCCCGGCGUGGUCCGCGUGGCCGACAUGGAUGCGCAGGUCUUCAAGGCACUGCUCCGCUUCGUGUACACAGACUCAUGGCCGCCGGAGACGGCGGAAGGAGAGGAAUUCGCCAUGGCCCAGCAUCUGCUCGUGGCAGCCGACAAGUACAGCCUGAAGAGGCUCAAGCUGAUCUGCGAGGACAAGCUGUGCAAGAACAUCGCGGCGGGCACGGCGGCGAGCAUCCUGACGUUAGCUGAGGUGCACCACUGCCAUGAGCUCAAAGGCGCAUGCUUCCAUUUCCUCAGCUCUCCGAAGAACCUGACGGCAGCCAUGGCCGGCGACGACUUCGAGAAUCUGCGCUCAAGCUUCCCUUCUCUUGUCAAGGAGUUGAUUGCCAAGUGCUCGGCCGACGCCUAA